GUGAAGGAGACGACCCCUGCAGUCACUGAGGCUGACACCACCACCGUACAGAAGACAACACCUAUUGAAGUGACAACUACUGUCCCUGGAUUAGUAACAACUGCUAAAAAAGAGACAAGCACCCAGAGAGGUGAGGCGGUCCCAACAACUAGGAAGGAACCCCCCGUACCUGAAGCAGACGCAACGGUUUCAGAAACAACGGCAGAGACAACGACGACUUCUGCACCCAGCACAGCUGCAAAAGGCACCACUGCAGCGGUACAACGGACGGUGGUACCUGCAGCUAGGGCUACCGAGAUCGUAACAAUAACUGACAAAAAAGACAAACCAACAGCUAAGGCCGUUCCUACUCCUGUAACCAAAGGGCCAACAACUAAAAUAGAAACAACCACAGUGAUCAAAGAGAUAACAACACCCAAGAAAGACAGAACUACUGUGCUUAAAGACAUUUUAACAUCACCAAGUAGGAAAGACACAACUACUGUAACUGUGGUGACACCAGCUAAACCAGCUGACUCUCCUCAAGGGAAGGACGAUAUUCCAAACACGAUUCCCGCAGCCGAGCAAGCCGUCACUGCAGCAGCUGAAUCGGAACCAACUACUGCGGGCAAAAAUGCUGCAACAGCAGCUGUGGAAAAAGCAGUAACCCCAGCUAACCAAGACAAGACCCCCAUAGCAAAAGAGACUUUAACAACUAAAAAGGAAGAGAGCCCGGUGGGAACAGCGACUGUAAUAACAACAGCAGCUACAACUCCCAUGGCCAAGCCCACUCCUAAACCCCGGGUGAUUGUAACAACCACCAGAAGAGACACAACUAUGGAAACUAAGCAGACUGUAACAGCAUCAGCCAAAGACAGCACAAGCACUACUUGUGUUGUUGUAGAGACAACAACAGCUGGUAGAAAAGAGGUAACGGCCAAAGAAACUAGUGUCACACCUGAAAAAGAAAUGGAAGAUGCCACCGAAAAGGCCCCCAGUAUUGACAGGGUAGAGGAAACCACAGUUACCAAAGAGACCUCCACAAGAGAUAAAAAAGACACAAUAGAAGAAAUGUUUAUUGUUUCUAAAGGGACAUCCAAGCCAACUAUACAUUUCCAGGAGGUUACCGACACAAGAGAUGAGCCUCAGCCAGCUGACCCUGAAGCUCUGCCAGCAGAAGAGCCCGAGAUAAACAACAAGCCUUUAAUACAGAUUGCAGACUUGCCGAGUUUAACUGGAGAAACACAAGUUGCGAAGAAGGACGAGAAGGACCUGUGCAGCGGGAAGCCGGCGGACGGCAUGGUGGCCCUGCCGAACGGCACCCUGGCCGUCUUCCGAGGUAGGGGCAGGAGCCCGCCGCCCACCCGCCCCCGCCGGAUCAGCGACGGCUGGGGCAUCCCGUCCCCCAUCGACUCCGUCUUCUCCCGGUGCAACUGCGACGGCAAGACCUUCUUCAUCAAGGGUCCCCUGUACUGGCGUUUCACUAACGGCGUAAUGGACAGAGGCUAUCCCAAACCUCUCGCAAACGGAUUUGCAGGGCUAAGUGGGAAAAUAGUAGCAACCCUCCCUGUGGCAAGAUACAACAGCAGACCAGAAUCCGUUUAUUUUAUCAAAAGAGAUGGCAACAUGCAGCAGUACGUGUACAGACAAGAACCAGCCAAGAAGUGUCAGAGAAGAACCCAGGUUACCGUACGAUACCCAGCGUACGUCCCGAGACUUGUAAUAAGAAGACGCUUCCAACGUGCAGUAAGAAUGCCAACCGUUAUUCAGACCGUCAGAAUCAACCCAUAUCCAUCUGGAGUUUUGCGUAAGGAAAUCAAAGUGACAGCCUACUGGAGAGGGCUCCCGAAAGUAAUUCAUUCAACUAUAUCACUGCCCAACUACAAUAAGCCAGACGGCUACGAUUAUUAUGCCUUCUCUUACAAUCGGUACUACAGUUUGGAUAUUGGCAAAAGAAUAGCAAGACCUGUUACCGCUCUCACAGGCAAGACGGUAUCCAAAGACUGGUACAACUGUCCUAGCAAGUGA